CCUAUUCUAUAAAACCUAAAAGACAUGUAAUUUUUUUUUUUUAUUAAAGAUAUUUAUCAACUGGCACCUAUUUUGCUGCUUUGAAAUUUGAUUUCCGAGUUGGAAGGAGUACGAUCGGAAUGAUAGUUAAAGAAACGUGUCAAGCAUUGUGGACAGUUUUACAGCCAACAGAGAUGCCUGUGCCAACCACGAACGACUGGUUGGAGAUUUCAAAUGUAUUUAAUGUUAAAACAAACUUUCCAAAUUGCUUAGGCGCUAUUGACGGCAAACAUAUCCGAUGUAAAAAUCCUAGUAAUUCUGGAUCAUUGUUUUUCAAUUACAAAAAGUUUUUUUCUGUGGUACUCAUGGCUGUAGCCGAUGCAAAUUUACAAUUUAUCACAAUCGAUGUCGGGUCUUAUGGUAGAGAAGGGGACUCCAAUAUAUUUAAGGAAUGCCCUUUUGGUAAAAUGUUAUAUGCUAAAAAACUUAAUCUUCCUGAACCAAAUAUUUUACCAAACACAAACAACAAUCCACAGCCAUUCGUUUUUAUUGGGGACGAAGCUUUCGCUCUACAUACAAAUUUAUUAAGACCAUAUCCAGGACGUAACCUAACCGAUACUCGACGUAUAUUUAAUUAUCGAUUGAGUAGAGCAAGGCGGACAGUUGAGUGUGCUUUCGGAGUUCUUGCAAAUAAAUGGCGUGUGUUGCAUACUCCCAUACAAGUGGAACCUGAAUUCACUGACAUUAUCAUCAAAGCGUGUUGUAUAUUACAUAAUUUUGUUCGUAAGAGAGACGGAAUUAAUUUUGAAGAUGCUGAAACCCAUAGCCUGGAUGACAUAGAAGCUCGUGGAACAGGAACUCGUUCGGAAGGCAUUGAAGUGAGGGAUUACUUUGCUGACUAUUUUAUGGGCCCUGGUGCCGUAGAUUUUCAGUAUAAAGUAUUAUAAGCUGCUUAUUUAAAAAGAUCCUUAUUAUUUUAUUAUUUGUAAAUAAGUAAUAAUAAAUUAAAACUGUAAUAGAUUUAGUCUUUUUUUUUUUUAUUUGAUCGAAAAAGUUGUAUACCCAAUAGAAAUUAAAAGUAAUUACUAAUAAUAUUGUAAUACUAUAUUGAAAAUUACCUAUGUUAA